AUGGCACAGUGCCUGUGUAGCGUCCAGAGUGUGCAGAAGAAGACCAGCACCAUGUCUCUGACCAUCUCCUCCUCCUCCUCUGCAUCUUCCACUCGAGAGCUCCUCUCCAGCUCCUCGGGCUCCUCCUCCACCUCCAGCAUCCUGGCUCAGAGACACUCCGGCCUGGUGCAGCCGCCGUGUGUCAGCCCUCAGAGGAUUCAGAGUCCCAUCUACAAUCAACAGUAUUCAGGGAAUCAAGUGGCUCCUACAUUUGUUAAGUGUCUGCGUGAGGUGUCCACAGUGAAGGGCCAGCUGGUGGUCCUGGAGUGCAGACUGAGGGGAACUCCACCUCUGCAGGUCAUGUGGUACAGAGAGGAUGAAACAAUACUGGACUCAGAUGAUUUUAGGAUUCUACGCAAGAAGGCCAGUUCUGCAUCAGUGCCAGAGGAGCUGUGCACACUGGUGAUCACUGAGGCAUUUCCUGAAGACUCCGGCCUGUUUAAAUGUGUGGCCCACAACUCCUUUGGCACCAUCUCCUGCUCAGCAAUACUGGAAGUUUUUAAUGACCUGGAGGAGCAGCUGGAGAUCGAGGCCAUUCGUCAGCAGGAAGCAGUUCCUCUCCAACAGGAACAUGAGGCCGUGUUCCAACAGGACAUGGCCACCAGACUAGGCAGCGACGACUUCCCCCCUCCGCUGCCCGACUCCAUGUGCCUGCCCCCUCCUGAGUGGCCCGACAGCCCUUUAGAAGAUAGCAUGCCUGCUGCGGAGGAUUUUCCAGCGCCUCAGCCGUCCAACCACUCCUCUGAAAGACCCUUCAGUCGAGGCGAGGACGAGUUCAUUGCCUUGAGUUCAGAAGGCCAAAGGUCACCAGAGGUCGACAUCCAAGCCUGUACACCCAGCCCCCCCCUGCCACCCUCACCACCACCACAAGCUCCAGACAAGGAAAAAGCUCAGACACCCAAGCUGUUCAGCCCAAGCAAGAUCAACUUCAAUUCCUCCCAGUCAGGAGGCAACAACAUGAACCUGUCAGACCUGCCGACCUUCAAGCCGAGCACCUUCCCUCCCAGUGCCUUCAACUAUGAGCGGCCGAGGCAUUUCAUCCAGUCGCAGGCGUCCUUCCAGGCACCCAGCUAUGAGAGUGUGCAGAGGGAGGCUCAGGAGUACCAGAAUAACUCCCAGCAGAACCUCCACAGCUCCCAGAAUAGUCUCGGUGUCACAGAGACACAGAGUCAAGCAACAAUCAAGUCAUCACAAAGUCAGUCGUUUUCUCAAACCCAGUCCGUGUCAAAGUCCUUGGCGCAGACCCAGUCCCAGUUCCAGUCUCUCAGCCUGAGUCAGAACCAGUCCCAGUUCCAGUCUCUCAGCCUCAGUCAGAACCAGUCCCAGGCUGCUGCCCAGAUCCAGAUCCAGACCCAGGCCAAUGGAACGGGCAAGUCCUCUCCCUCCUCCUCCAGCCUCAGCUCUCCCACUUCCACCCCGGCCUCCUCUGCUGUGCCUCCAUUUUCCUCCAGCGCCCCUCUGCUAUGUCCCACUGCUACCACACCGUCAUCCUCUGCUGCUUCCUCUCCUUUCCCGGCCUCCUCCUUAUCCUCUCUCCCCCGCACGACCAUGCGCUCCACUAUCACCCUCACCCCCAGUGUCCCCAGUGCCACCGGCCUAGGCAGUGCCACCCUGCCGGCCAACCAGGAUAUCCUGUCAGCACCCGCCGCCUUCCUCUGCUCCGUGCUGCCCUCCCCUUUCUCCUCCUCCAAGCUGUCUCCCAACUCCAACCUUCCUUUUCCCUCCAUCUCCCCCUCCCGCUCCCCGCUGUCCCCCUCUAGCCCUCUGCUACCCAUAAGGAUGUCCCCCUCACCUUCCUCCAUCUCUCAGCAGCCUCCCCCAUUUUCUCCCUCCAUCCCUCGCUCCCCUCUCUCUCCCUCCUUCUCUCGCCAACAACCCACCGCUCCCAACAGUCAGAGCAGAGUCCCGCCUGCUGUAGUCUCUCUACCUGCCGGCUACAAGGUGACGCCUAACAUCCUCCCCAAGCCCAUUCUGAAGAAGUCUGUAGCUCCUCGGCCGUCUUCUCGUUCCACAGAUGAAGACAUCGCAGGCUCCAAAAACGCUCUCAUGCAGGAUCUGGAGAACAAGCUGCGCUCAAAGGAGGCCAGGAGGAGAACUAGCCAGAAACUGUCCUAUGAGGAGCGUAUGGCUCGUAGGCUGCUGGGUCCAGACAACGCCAACUACGUGUUUGACCAAGACAAUCUUUCAGACUCACAACCCGACCAGCCAGAAUCACCAGAAGGAAGACACACAGGUGGACUAUGGGGGAGGCAGCACUCAGGGAGAGAUGAGAGGGGAAAUGAGGGGUCGGCCAUCCAGGAGAAAUGUUAUGCUCCUCGUUUCCUACAGAUUCCCUCCGACCUCACUGUGGAGGAGGGACGCUUCUGUAGGAUUGACUUCAAGGUCGGAGGCCUCCCUACACCAGACCUCUGCUGGUACCUGGACGGCAAAGCCAUUCGUCCAGACGACUACCAUAAGAUGCUGGUGUGUGAGAAGGGGAUGCACUCGUUCAUCAUAGAGAUUGUCACGGUGCACCACGCUGGUGUGUAUGAGUGCGUCGCCAGGAACCGAGCUGGGGAGAGCCGGUUUACCAUAAGGCUCGACGUCCUAGCCCAGGAAGCUCUCCGUCCUCCCACCUUCGUGCAGAAGAUGUUGAACUCUCGAGCUCUCGAGGGCGACACUGUGAGGUUAGAGUGUAAAGUGGACGCUUCCCCUCCUCCACAGCUUCACUGGAAGAAAGAUAAAGACAUGCUGCGCAUUGACCCCAACAGAAUGAGUUUGUACCAGGACGGUUCAGGACGCCAGUGCUUGUUGAUAGAGAGGUUGCUGAAGACUGAUGCCGGCUGGUACACGCUCUCCGCCAUUAAUGAAGCUGGCAUGUCCACAUGCAACGCCAGGCUGGAUGUAGGCACUCGCAAAACCCAAGCCAUGAAAACAGCGCCCCCUGGCUCAAAGACCCUGAAGCUGCUGUCGUCUCUGAGCCACGUGCCCACGCUGACUGUGGAGAGCCCGGCCCAGCACACCGCCCCGCUGUACGAGAGUGAAGAGCUGUAGGCCACGCCUCCACACAUCAUACCUCAUCUCUGAACUGUAGCACUGGGCCAGAGUCUGUGAUAACUGUAAUGUCCACGCAGAGACAGGUCUGAGUUUGAGGCUGGUAGCAGAUGAGCAAGAGUAUGUCUUUGGAGGCCAAUCCAGAUCAGGUUGAAUAAAUGCACCUAAACAAGGUUGAUGUACAUCAGUAAAAAGGCAAUAGCUGUGAUGCAGUAUUAGAUGAUUCUUCACUAUUAUUAGAAAAUGUAUAUCUUAGUGUUGCUUACAAGCUCGCAACAAAUCGUCCUUGAACUGUCACAGGUUUAGUUAAAAGUACCGAAAUGGCCUUGUAGAGAUUGUUUCAAAUACCUCAAGUAACCCACCCUAACCGUCACGAACACUGGUAUCUACCAUGAGGCGAAAUGGUGGUCAAAUGCCCAGUUAGUCAAAGUAAUCACUCCUCAUAUUGUCCAUCUGGUUCUGUCUGUUCCUGCUGCGCCCACUCCGGCUGUUUCACCAUCUUUCUAGUCCAGGCUCAUGUUUGACACAUGCCCGUAAGCCUCUCUACUCUGCACACAUGUCCCUUUCUCCUCAUGUGCCUGUCCUGUGUGCUCUCAGUGAAACGGUCCUGGAUGGAUCAGUAGGCGUAGGUGAGAUGAGGCAGACUCCUCCCUGCUGCUAGAUUUAUCCCAGCAGCCAACCACAGUACAGCAACAUAAAAUCCCAUGUGGUCUGGAGAACAUUUUCUCCAAUAGAAAACCGAUGACAGGGAAUCUCCAGCAGCACACGUUACACUACGACUUGUAUUGGACUCACGUGUACGUGAUGAGUAAGCACCUUUCAUUGCGAAUAAUUGUGCGUUAUCUUGAAAUACAGUGUCUAGCUCUGUUCUUUGGUCUGUACAAUACCCACAAUCCCACACUGCCAACAUCUGUCACUGCACUUUAAUCAUGACAACUGUCAGUGUCUCAUCCAGCAUUUGCCCUCAUUUUCUUUAGCUUGGAGUUGUUAAGGGAUAUUUUUAUGUUUCAGCUUCGGAGUUUAAAUGUGUCUGAAUCACAGCUGCUGUUGCCUUUCAUCUUAUAUUGUGUUUCCCUGUGGUUUUAAGAGAGAUUAGAUGGUGGUCACUGCUCAGAUUCUCCGCUGUGAUAUAAAUUCAGCCUAAUAUGUGUUUUUAACGUCGGUCUCUAAUAUACAGUGUAUGUGAAUGAAACUAUUUAUUUGAGCUGAAUUAACUAUUUAUCGUUAUUUGUCCUUAACGUUGUCCCUCUCUUGCAAAGGGCUGCAGCCAGAGAUAUACAAUAUCAACGAGUUGGACAAAGAGUGACAGGCUGUCAUUACUGAACACUUAACCAGGUCUGCAAUCUCAAAUCUGAAUUAUUGGCUGAAAUUUACAUUUGAUCACAUCUGCAGUGCAGAUAAAACAUGUUUUACACGUAACCCAGGAGAGACGUUUUCUCUCUUGAUGCAUGUUUGCAUCCUAAUGUUCAGUUGAAAAAUGGAGUUUCAAUCAGAAUCAGUUUGUAAGCCUGUGUCCAGUUAUACCGAUCUCAACUUCUGACCAGAGGUUCAUUCAAAAUGACAUUUCAGUAAAAGGCUUGGUUUGCCUGCUUACCUUGAACUGCUGAUUAUUAUUGCGAGCCAGGAAGUAAUUUCACCAAGACCAUUCAUUUCUGUCUGGAUCGGCAUGUAAACCAAAAUCUAUCUUUUAACCCUGUGUGAUCACAACUCUGUGCAGGAAUUUCUUUUUAGAGCAAGACCUAAAAGAGAUUAAAUGGACCUGCUGCCCUUUUUACAAUACAAACUCGUGUAUUUGGACUGGAUUCAUACAGUAAAAUUGAAAAUAUCAUUUUGUGAGAUGAAAAGCCUUAUGUCUACAGUUUUUUGAGAUGUUUAGAUCAUAAAGGGUUAAACGUUUGGUAAGUUAGGCCCUUUCUGUUGACAGUUUGAACGCAGGUAGACGUGUGUAACUCUCCUCAAGUAUAUAUUUGUUGUGUGAGAACCUCUGCAUAUCACCGGAUGAA